AAUGGAUAGCUAAAGGGUGAAAUUGUGAAUUGGUUUACGUAAAAGUAAUAAAUUAACACCUAAUAACUAAAUGUUACGGAUAAAUAGUCAAAUAGCUAAAUGUAUAAAUGGUAAAGAUUGACUGUUGGCUGAUUAUAGCUCACUGUAACCUUAUGGUUGUGGUGGUGAAAUAAUUAGCUAAAGCGAAUGGCUAAUGUUUGAAAUAGAUAGCUUAAGGUAGUGGAUACAUGGCUGAAAUAUUUAGCUAAAAUUACAGGAGGAAUUGUAAAAGAGGCUACUUAAACUAAUACAGAAAUACUUGAAAUAGUUACAUAACAGUAAUGGGUAAAUGGCUGAAAGGUUCAGCUCCUGAUAGACUCCAAACUUGACAUAAACUGAUUUUAAAAUUGGAUUCUUCAAUUGUAUUGACUACACAUAGUUACAAUAUACUGUUCUACAGUGUUGAAAUAAUCCAGAGUAGGAUAUCAUGUCGUUUUUUAAAAGUGACCGCCUAUCUGAGUCAGAUCUGGAAUUAAGGCGGCAUUGUCCAUGAAAUAGUGUGCUUCUGACUUUUCUAUCCACCGUUUCAAGGUCAUGUUGAUUUCACCAGAAAAACGCUGAGCGCCGUGUGCCUUCACAGGCUGGAAAGCGUUGGAAGAGAGGGGGGAGUAACAUAGGGAGGUGAAAGAAAUAGAUCAAAAUGAGUCUAGGACACAAAAUGAAAACAGAUGGAACAGAGUUUGGAUUUAUACGGAUGGAUUAAAGAAGGGGAGUGUGUGUUUGUGUUUGUGUGUGUGUGUGCGUGUUUCUCUGUGUGAUAUGCUUACAGUUGUGUGGGGUUGCUUUGGGGUCGGAUCAUAAAGACUGACAGUCACACUGCUCGCAGAGGUCACUGUGACGGCCAAAAUCCUCCCGUCACUCUCACUAUCAGAUGAGGAGCGAGCGGGAGCGCGGGCGGCUGGAGGAGCAGUGGCCGGGCGUUUUCUCUUUCAGCUUUCCACGCUUAACUCAAUGAAGGAACUGCAGACAAAGUAAGAGAGGCUGAAGGAGCCCCGAGCACCCCCCUCGCUUUGGUCCCAGCAUGAUGGCGUUGGUGCAGCAGAUGCGCUCCCCUCGCCUCUCCUUCAUCCAGACGGUGGCGUCCCUCUUCCUGGGCGGCAUUGCCCUCAUGUCCUCCUACUGGUGUGUGGGGAAACAGAAGGUGCCCAAGCCCCUCUGCACGCCCACCAAGCACAGCAACUGCAUCCCCGUUCCCGGCGUGUCCAACACCUCCAACAUCCAGUUCUUCUGGGAGACGGGGGACGACCGCUUCGUCUUCCCCGCCUUCCACACCGGCCUGUUCAUCAUCUGCGAGGAGAACAUCUACGCGGACAUGGGGGAGGAGAAGUGCCGAGGGUUUUACACUUUGACUCCAGGUUCUGAAAAAGCGAUGAUGUGGCUGUCACUUACAUUGGAGCUCAUGUACAUCGGGCUGCUGUUGAUCAGCUGCACGCUGCUGUCUGUGCAGUUGUGCAUCAGGACCUGUUGUCCCUCCACGCAGCGCUGGGGACAGCUGCUCAACUCUUUUGCUGCCGUCUUCACAGUCCUGGGAGGUCUGCUCGGGAUGGUGGGCCACAUGAUGUUCAUGCAGGUGUUCCAGACCACCGUCACAAUGGGACCAGAGGACUUCAAACCUCACAGCUACGGCUACUCCUGGGCCUUUUAUGUUGCCUGGCUCGCCUUCACUAUCUGCAUGUCAGCCGGCGUCUCCACCCUCAACAACUACACCAAGAAGGUCCUGAUGGUGGGACCCAGGCGCACCUCCGGCCUCAACGCCUGCAGCUUUAACUUCGUGGGGCUCCUGCCACCUUAUUACAACCCGGCCACCCCCCUGGCCUGUCCCCCGUCCCCCCCGCGGAUCUCCCACCUGUCCCCCUACUACGAGCCCCCGUCUGCAGCGUUGUCGGCCUCCAUGCCGAGGCUCACGCACUCCAACUCCCUGCCUCCCUCCCUCUCACACUCCGACUCUUUCCCUCCUCCCCCACCCCACGCUGCGCCCGCGUCACCGUUCCACCGCCUCUCCCUUCCUUCUCCGAUUCCGUCGCCCGUCCACAUGACCCUGCCAGGACACCAGGAGAACCAUUACGAUGCAGAGGAGGACUACAGCCCACUCUGAACAGCUGCGCAUAUCUAGACUGGAGUCUCUUGAUGACUUGAGGACCUGUGCCUACCACAACCCAUCAUCACCAGAAUAAAUGUUGGCAAUUAAAAUUCCAGUAGUAUUUUGUAUGUUGUGACAGCACUGUACAUAUGGUCUGGUUAGUUUAAGGCACAAAAAACACCCGUCUAGGAUUAGGAAGAUAUAAUCCUUAUCUUAAAGUACCUGUCUUUGUAGCCACAGACAUGGCCUGGAAAUGUCCCAACAUCAUGUCGAAAAAAAUGCAGCGGUUUGACACUUAAAUGGCAACUUGAACUGCGGCCUCUGGCUCGGCAGCCAGCAGCUGUCACGACCCCGCCGUCCCCUCCACUUCCCAACAUGAAAGUCAGCUCGCACACAUGUGAACGCAGCGGUUGCUUGCUGUUGAGCGCCACAGAAAGUCGUGAAGUGUUUGUAGUGAAGAGAGGCACUUUUACCACAUAUGUGUCUGCUGGAGGGGCACGCUGGAGGGCACCGUAUCGCCUUUUAGAGGCAUCCAAAAGGGCUCUUUCAUAGAGUUUAUUCAAACAUGAAAAAGUCCACCAGUGUGUGAACGUGAUCCGGCGCGUAUUGUCGUAUCCUCAAUAUGACACAUACAUAUUGCAACAUAUCCGUUAUUUGAAUUCAUCCGACUGGGCACGUAUUAAUGUUUGUUAUGCUUUCGUCAUGCACUCUAAAUUGACAUUGACAUGGAUUGUCAGCAGUCCAGUGACUCAGUGACACCUGUAAAUGACAGUUAUCGGUUUGCAAACUGAAUGUAGUACUGAAGUGCUUCAUAUUCUGUGUUAUUUGUGUUAUUGUAUAAUGUUCUGGGCGGUUUUAAUGACCCACUGCGGAGCCUUCCUGUCCCGGGCCGUGCACAAACCAUACCGGUUUGUGAUGUUUCCAGUCAGGAUGCUUUCAGUCACUCCUCCAUAAAAGUUGCCAAGAAUUUGGCUCUGAAAUGUAGCUUCCUUAAGUGUCCUUAGGAAGUAGAGCCUUGUCUGUGCUUUUUAUGAACUAUUAUAGGAAUUAUUUGCAAUUUCACAAUGUAACAGGUAGAUAUCAUGUUUUGGCCGAAGCACAAAAUUUAAAAACAUUUGCUAAUCCACCUCUAUUUGUCUACAAGCCUCAAAGGAAGAUUGCAACAAAGAAGCCAACAGAACAUAAUUAUGACAAGUGGAGGAGACACAAAAAGACAACCUCAACAAUUGGUCAAAAAAUCCUGUUUUAUUAUUGUAAAAAUCACUGUGAUUGUCAUCCAUGAUGAGAAAUAACAGUAGCAAAAAUACAACAGCAUCAGACAUAAAGCAUCAUGGAAGACGAAGCAUAUUUACACAUUGUGUCUCACGCUUUGAGGGUCAAGGCAGUUGCCUUUCUGUCGCACUGAUUUGACAAGGAAGGAGAAUACAAGAGAGGCUGAAGAUGUGGCAUAUAACUGGUACACGGCUGGAUUUGCAUUAUAAUUGAUAAGUUGAGAUGUGCAUAAUUACAGGUUAAUUGGUUUUUGUCUCUCUACUCUGACAUAUUUAUAAAAAGCUGUAUAUAAACUGUCUAUAGUGAUGUAGUGGAAGAGUUUGCGGGCAGGCUGAUAUAACAAACGCUUAAACUGGUUUGACAAUUAGAUAGAAUUGCAACAAUAAUUAUGAAAUAAUUAUAUUAUGCAUUAUAUUAUUGAUUUUAAACUUUAUAUCACAUUUGCAUCAUUAAAUCACACACAAAUCUACAACAGGUGGCUUCUCAUGGGUUUUUUAAGGCUUCAAAAAAGCACAACUGUGCAAAAAUACCUGAAAAUCAAUGCUGUCAUGCUGUAGUUAGACUCGGUUUAAUUAGUGGCACGUUAUUUGAAGUAAUACCAGCGCAGAUAAAUGUAAACUGGUGAACAUACAAUAAAAAUUACAAAAGAAAAAAAAAA